CUCUACGUGCCGCACAGAUCGAAGUCUUUGAUUAGACACCACUUUAAAAGGCGCACACUUUCGCUGCUCGAAGCACAGUUCCCGCUAGAAGUUCCAAUGAAGCCGACUACAACGCUGCUACUGCUGCUCGCUGGCGCUUGCUUUUGCUUGGGCAAUCCGCUCCUGGGGCUGGUGGAUCCCAGCUGUUUUGUAGCUACUGCUGGUGUCUGUCCAAAUGAGAAUGUCACCUUCUGGCUGUACUCCAACGCCACACGCGAUGAUCCCAUUCAGCUGAAUCCCAUCGAUCUGAAUCCAUGGGACUUUCAGCCGUCACGCCCACUCAAAAUACUGCUGCACGGCUACACGGGCCACCGCGACUUUGCACCCAACAACCACAUACGGCCCGCUCUGCUGGACAACGAGGAUGUCUAUGUGAUAUCCAUAGACUACGGCCCGCUGGUGCGCAAUCCCUGCUAUGUGCAGGCUGUGAGGAAUCUGCCGCUGGUCAGCAAGUGCCUGGCACAGCUCAUUAACAAUCUCGUCGAGCGCGGCAUAGUGCCGCACGAGCUGAUACACAUCAUCGGCUUUAGCCUCGGUGGCCAGGUGGCUGGGCAAACGUCCAACUAUCUAAAUCGCAAGCCGAAGCGGAUUACGGGCUUGGAUCCAGCUAAGCCGCUCUUCAUCCUUGGCAGCAACACGCGUCGUCUGGAUCCGAGCGAUGCGGAGUUCGUGGAUGUCAUACACACAGACACUCUGGGGCGUGGCAUGAUGCGUCCCUUAGGCCACGUGGACUUCUAUCCCAAUUUCGGUCCGCUUCAGCCGGGCUGCAUGGAAGAGAAUCCCAACGAUCCGGGCAGCUGCAAUCACGAGCGUGCACCGCGCUUCUAUGCCAAGUCGAUCAAUUCCAGCUUGGGCUUCUGGGGUCGCCAAUGCUCCAGCUGGUUGGUUCACCUCUUUGGACUGUGCUCCACACGCUCCACGCUCGCUUUGAUGGGCUAUCACGUGUCGCAGCAGCUGAGCGGCUCCUUCUUCCUCAAGACACUCAGCCAGCCGCCCUAUGCCAUGGGCAAGCCAGUGGAAGAGGACAAUAGCAAAUAUGUGGCCAAGUUCCACUUGAGCUCCAAGCACAAUGAAAUCGAAAAUGAUUUCGAGCCGGAACUGGGCGAAUCCAUACCCGAACUGGAGGACAAUGAUGUGGACACCAAUGAGCUGGAGAAGCAACUGAUCUGGCAGGAGGCGCUCGAUGAGCCGCUCUUUUAA